GGCGCUCAUUUGAUUUUAAACUGCCAACGGAGACGGAACAAGUGGUCCAUAAAUCUCAUCAGUGAUUCUCAGUUGUGCCACGUCGGAACCCUCGUUUGGGCAAAAACAAUUUUGCCGGAAGAUCAUCUCGAGACAUCAUCAUUUGGGGAAAAUCUCCACCUGAGCGGAAGAAAUUCUUCAUACAUCCUCUCCAGGAGACUGAGUGAAGAGUUGGGAGAAAGCAGCUCUCGUCGAGAGGAAGGCAAAUGCAUGCGGAAUAGUUCUUGUCCCACAAGGCGUCUUAUUGUUAUAUUUCGACAGCAAGGACUCGAGGACGAAGAUGUCUGAGGAAAUCUCCUCGCAAACCCUGCCGCCAAAGGCGCGGAUGAAUCCGCAGGAUUUCAGAAAUCAAGACCUCGUGAGCAGAUUACUGGCAGCCACUCCUCCUUAUCUCUACUCAGCCCCAAUGGCUCCGCACAAUUUUUUCUUCAGCGAAAUGCUUCGCUCCCUUGUGCAGGCGAAGAACAACGAGGCCAACAGACUUCAGCAGGCAACAGCAGCUAAUCACAUGCCAGCUUCUCAUCAUCCCCAUCAUCACGUGGGCAGGAGACCCAGGAAGCGCUCCUGGAGCCACCACAGAAUCCCUUUUGAACACCAAAUCGCAACUCCAGCAAAGGAGUUCGAAGAGAAGAACGAGAAACCCCUGGAAUUAACCACCAAGUCUUUCGAGGCGAAAUUUUCCAAGAGAGAAGAUUCCCCAAUUGAGAAAGUUCCUCGUUUUGAGGAGAAUGAAUCAAGAGGAGGCGGUGAAAAGGUUCAGUCUCCCAUUGAGGCAUCCACUCCACCACCAGUGGAUCAAUCUUCAGCCACUCUGGCUUCUCCAACAGACUUGGUUCUCCCUCCACCACCACCAGUCUGGUAUCCUUCCCUCUAUCCUCCCUAUGGCAUCGAUCCCUUGCACUUCUUCAUUGAUCUUCGCGUGUCUGGACACAUUCGCAGCAAGGAGAACUCAUCUCCAUCCCCGUCAGGCUUCCGCGCAGACAACAAUAAUUCCCAAUUCUUCGAUCUCGAGUCCAAGAAUCGCCAUGGAUCUGCUUUCAGCAUUCCCACGCCAAGGGAAGGGAUGCUCAAAUCUCCAGGAGCCAUCAAUCUCUCUGCCACAGCUCAAGAGGGAGAUGAUAAAGACUCUCUGUCUAAGAAUACGAACUACGUCAUGCAGAAUCUCCCUCGAAUUUACACUCACUUGAAUGCUCACCACAAGAUCCAGGAUGAUCAGGAGAGCUUGCGCCAAGAUUCCGGAGGAGAGGGAGAUGUCAGUGGAUCAGAGAGUGACUUCAAGCGCCCAUCAGAUGAGGACGUCAUCGCCGUGGAUGACAAUGAUAAUUGAAUUGAAUAUUAUUACCCAUGCAAUAAUCUUGCUUGAUGUAAUUCCCUAUCGAAUUUCUAAUAAAUUACAAAUAUCACACUAAUUUUAUUCACCAUUUA